GCAAAACUGAUACUUCAGUUCAGUCUCUUUUACUUACCCUCACUAUCGCAUGAUGUGGGAGCCAGAGCUCCCGCGACCGUUGCCAGCGUGCUUCCUCCAAGAAGUCUUUUCCACACCACCGAUCUACGACCUCAUUUUAUGCGAUCUGAGCCCUCGCACCCUCGUGUGGCUUUCGCGCACAUGUCGUUGUGCACACGAGGCCGUAACUCACUUUAUACGCCGUGCGUACAACAUCAAUCGACACUUGUCUCGUUAUUUCCCGGAUCCCCUUGCAUUUCGAUCCCUCCAAGCACGCACCGGACUGAUCAUUUCAGGCUCCAAUGCGUUGCAGUUCCUUGAUAGGAGCUUUUAUCCCGAAUCAGACCUUGACCUCUACGCUCAUCCUGGUCACGUUCACGAGGCGCUAGAGUGGCUGGACUCUGUUGGGUAUACAUACCAACCUGAAGCGUGGCAACAGAAGGACUGGCAUGACGAAGUUUCAGCUGACUGGGACGGUACAACAAGAAGAGUCAACCGACACGGAGAAAUGAUGCUCAAUGGUGUACCAGACCCCAUGUACUCUGAAGUCGCAGGUGUUUACACGUUCACGCGCUCUGUGGAUAUGGAUACAGAGAUGGCGAUGCUUAAGGUUCAGGUUAUCGCAACAAAGUGCAAUCCUGUCCAGACUAUCACGCAAUUUCAUUCAACUUGCGUGAUGAAUAUCAUUACGUUCGAUGCAGCUUUCUCUUUUUACCCAGUCGCAACCUUCGAGGAGCGAAUGGCUAUCCGAAUUCCCGGGUCGAACCAAUUGGAUGCCGUCGCAAAGUAUCUGCGGAGGGGUUGGAGAGUCUAUGCAGUGUUCGGGCCGGAACAUGUCACUUAUCCCCAAUUAUUUCUUCUGGACGAGAAGAGGUGGGUGGGUGAUUGUCACUGCUGGUCCAUUCCUCUGGACACUACGGGGGUCACGCCCCGCCCAGUAUUGUCCACAUCCUCCGAACGCUUUUCCUGGGACCCCUCAGUUCAUAAUGGUUGGAUAAUGGAAUGCGAAGGCGAUUCCACCCCUCAAGUACCAAAAAUUCGCACCCAUUUAGUCAUGACCACUGUUUUCCGUUAUAACUAUAGCUUCCCUGACACCGAGCUUGCCAAGGCAAUUUGUAGAUGGUCGCUCUCCCAGGGCAGCUUUAACCACACAUGGUUAACAAGACAGAAUUGGAUAUGGUUCGACGCUGAAAUUCCAAGGUUCCGGAGAGCUGAGUGCUCAUAGGCAGUAAGGCUUCAAAUGUACGAAUUAUUGGAGAAGAUGAAACAUGUAUUGUUGGGUACAAUUUUUUUUCAUGACAGCUAGCUGCUGAUUUUCAAAAUGCCAACCCUCACAUUUGUUGGUCGAACACGAGGUGAGACCUUUCAGUGAUGUCGAUCGUAGUAUUAAGACAUCAGACAAGUCGAAUUUUGGUGAAAUGACGUUCGCGACGAGCUCUGGUCAUGACCUAAACAGCCAGGACUGAACAAAUAUUGAAGUGCAGCUCAGCGCUCAGCAUCCAAGGCCACCCCUGAUAUGGCAAUGGAUAAUCCACCAACAAGUACAAUUCGUUGCCACCUCCGUUUAUCGAAUCAUUGGAUAAUACUGUGAGUGGGAGUCUUGAAAUCACGAGGACAUCUGUAAUCUUGUUUCUUCACACCCACAAAUGACAAUUUC